AUGGACGCCGCAACGGAGGCCCAGCAGAUUCGGGUCAACUUCACGACUAAUCUGCCCGACCUCCAGCUUCCCGAAGGCAAGAGUCAGCUACUUGUGCCUGGAGACAUCAAGCGAUAUGGCCUCUCCCGCGUCCUCAAUUCCGAGUCUAUGCUCAACACCGACUCCCCCAUUCCCCUCGACUUCCUCGUCAAUGGCACAUACCUGCGCACCUCUCUCGAGGACUACCUCAAGGAGAACGGUCUCUCCUUUGAAACGACUGUCACCCUGCAAUAUGUCAAGAGUUUGAUGCCGCCCAUGUACCAGGCCAGCUUCGAGCACGACGAUUGGAUUACCGACAUUGACGUCCUCUCUGCGAUGUCGCGGGCUGGACUAUGGACUGGAGACUCUCUGCGACAGGGUCAGAACCGCAUCUUGUCGGCAUCAUAUGACGGACUCUUGAGAAUAUGGAACGGCUCUGGUCGGGUGGUUGCGACAUCCCCUUCGGCCAGCAACGGUGGUCACAGUGCUGCGGUCAAGGCCGCCAAGUUCAUGAGCUCAAGCCAACUUGCCUCGGCUGGCAUGGACAGAACGGUGCGAGUGUGGAAGUACAAUGAGACAGACGAGUUCAGCGGCGAGAUCAAGCCGACUCUGGAGCUGUUUGGCCACACUGCCUCUGUCGAGUCCCUCGACGUGCACACCCCCAGCAAGCGCAUACUUUCUGCCUCGAAAGACGGUGCCGUCGGUCUGUGGACGACAUCGAAAUCCUCUGCACCAGAAGCGCCCGCCAGCCUCUUGCCCGGUGCCGGUACCAACGUGUCCAAGAAGCGAAAGAUUGCCGCCGCCGCGCCGCAACGAGGCGCCCUGUCCAUGAUGCAACUGCACAACUCGCCCGUGUCCGGCGCCAUCUUCCACCCCGACGACGCGACCGUGGCCUACUCUGCCUCGGAAGACCACACCAUCAAGACCAUUGAUCUCACCACCGCCUCCGUCGUGAGCACGCUCACCACCGCCCACCCGCUGCUCUCGCUGGCCUCGCUCCCCGGCAUGAGCACGCCGCUCCUGGCCGCGGGCACCUCGGCCCGGCACAUUACCCUGGUGGACCCGCGGGCCUCGGCCACCACCACGUCAGUCAUGACGCUGCGCGGCCACCGCAACUUUGUCAGCUCCAUCUGCGCCUCGCCCAACGACAACUACUCGCUCGUGUCGGGCUCCCACGACGGCACCUGCCGGAUAUGGGACCUGCGCAGCGUGCGCUCGGGGACCAAGGCCGAGGGCGGCGGCAGCGUCAGCGAGGCCGUCUACGUCAUUGAGCGUGAGAGCCAAAAGGGCAAGAAGAAGCGCGCCGAUGUGCCCGGCGCCGGCUGCAAGGUCUUUGCUGCCGUUUGGGACAAGCACUGGGGCAUUGUGAGUGGUGGUGAGGAUAAGCAGGUGCAGAUAAAUAAGGGUAACGAUUUGUUGCUUGCCAAGGAGUAG